UAUAAUACAAGAUUAUGUUUGUGCAGACGGAGAUGCUAUGUCUCCUCUCUCAUCUGGACCCCUUUAUCCACUACCGUACUCCUCUUUACUGUACGGCAGUUGGGUGUCCAGGACAGCCUCUCAUCUGUUUGGUCUCCAAGCCCCCAAACCGAUGGGCAGGAGAUCACGAAAGCCAGGAAUUGACCGCAAACCUCGCCAAGCCUACAGUGCCAAGCAGUUGGAGAGGUUGGAGGCAGAGUUCAAGGAAGACAAGUACCUUAGUGUGAGCAAACGUGUGGAGCUAUCGAAGGCAUUGAAUCUGACGGAGGUCCAGAUCAAAACUUGGUUCCAGAACCGAAGGACAAAGUGGAAGAAGCAACUGGCCUCACGGCUGAAGAUGGCUCAGCGGCCCACCACAGGUCUCUUCUUCCCUGCGUCCCUUCUUGCGCCCACUACGCCCUACUACGCAGGGCCACCGCCCUUCGGCUUGUUCGCCGAGUCGACGUCACUUCGAGCACCGACCGAAACUGAACUUAACUCACGGACCCUGGGGCUCCCUCCGUAG